CUGAUGCCUGGGUGCUGGGAUGUUUCUGCUCUCCUGCUCCUCUCCUCCAAUUAAGCUUGUAAAAUUAAUGCUCCAGCUAUGUAUCUUGAUCACGGUAUGUUCCUGACUCCAGCUUCAGGCUGUUGUCCUUGCAGUUACAGUCCCUGCAGGACAAUGGUCAAAUUUGGUUAUAGAUCGUGCAAUUACACGCUGCUUAAAUGUGAUUUAAGAGCAUUUGUUCUUAGUCACUUCAGCAAGUGUAUGCAGGUGCUAGGAAGAUAUGUGCCCUGGCCUUGGUGUCCAGGCUAUAAUCAGCAAAGAGAUGGGCCCUCCUGGGGCACCAUCCUCUUCACCCUCCCGUAGGCACCCAAAACUCAGCAGAAAGCCACCACUGGCUCCUGAACCAGCUGCUGGGACAGGGCCGAUCUCAUCAGCCCGAAGGGUUGUUGAGUAACUUCCCUCCUGAGAGGAAGCCUUAGCACGGCGUGAAGAGCUGCGAGCCUUCCCCACAUCACCCGUGUCCUGGAGAUGUGAUGGGUGACACAGCCUGGAAAUCCAAAUCCUGCCCUUGCCCAUGCCGAGCCAGUUCAACUGACUCCAGAACUGCAGCCAAAACCUGGCCGGGGACACCUCGCAGAGCUCUCCCUCACCUCAGGCUCUUGCCCCGCCACAUCCUACCCUUAUUUCGCAGCGCCUAAUUACUUUCUCGUGUGGGAGGACUUGGAGAACGUGCUGGAGUUGUUCAUCCAGCCUCUGCAAUUUCCUUUGGUAUUUAUAAACACGAGGAUGUGAUUUGUGAUGCAAGGCCCUCCUGAUGCAAGGCGGUGUGGUAGCUCUUCCGCGGGUGAGUAACGCUCGCUUCCACACAAGUGCGAGUGGUAGGGAAGGAGCAGAGAGCCCGAGAGGAGGGAAGGAGUGAGACCUCCUCGAGCGAUAGAUGUGUACAGAGAGUGAGGAGAGAGGUCUUGCUGGAGGAGACGAGACCAUCCCAAGGUAACAUCAGCGUGCCCCGAUAACAGCUGGAAGCACUCAGAUAAUUCCUUAUUCCUUCUGUGCUUGCUGCUCUUCAAGUUUCUCCUUGCCCUCCUUGCUACUACUCGGUGCCUGGUGGUGUUGGCAGGGUGGUAUCCCCUCGGUGUCUGAGCUCUUCCUUCUGGAGAUGAAAUGCCUUUCCCUGAUGAACUGUCACUGCUCACGUGCAACACGGAGGUUGUGGGGAAGCUGCACGAGGCUCCUUUGGGGAGCGGUGCUGGUGCUGGCCCUGCCUUCUGCUGCGGGGCCCAGCAGAGCCGCAGCUGGCUGGAGCUGCUGAAGGCACCGGCUGGAUUCCUGCCCUGGCCCUGUGAGUGAGCCCGAUGACAUCGAGUUUCCUCGGCAGUGCCCUCCGGGGCACCUUCUUCCUCGUUUUUGGCCUCUGGUGGUCUGUGCGAUACCCCCUGAAGUAUCUCAGACGGAAAGUGAAUGCCGAGAACCAGCCAAGCUAUGGAGCCCAGCGCGCAGAAGUCUUCGAAGGGGCGGUCAAGGCUUUCUUUGCUCUGGCAGGGAUACUGGUGGAGCAGUUUGUUCCCUCUGGUCCCCACAUGAUGCUGUACAGCCCCAAGACACACAGCUGGACAGACCUCACCCACUGGCACUACACCACCAUGUACCUCUUCUUCCUCCUCUCUGGCAUCGUGGACAUCGUCUCGCACUCACCGCUGAAGCUGCCGCUUGGCUUAGAUCGGCUCUCGCUCUCUGUGGCUCUGUUCAUGGAAGGUUUGCUCUUCUGUUUCCAUGACUACAGCGAUGCUGCGCUGGACCAGCACCUCCACUCCCUGCUGGCCACGGCUAUCUUUGCUGGAGCCCUCUGUGCCCUCCUGGAGGUGUUCCUCCGAGACCACAUCAUCCUGGAGGCCCUCAGGACCAGCAUCUUCCUUCUGCAGGGCUCCUGGCUCUGGCAGAUCGGGUUUGUGCUGACCCCUCCGUGGGGAGGACCAGGCUGGGAUCAGACCGACCGCAGCAACAUCACGUUCCUCACCAUGUGCUUCUGCUGGCACUACGCGGGUGCCCUCGCCGUCCUGGCAGCCAAUGCGGCCGCAUCUCGCUGCUGCAACGAGUCCUGCCAGCUGAAAUUUGGGGACAUCGAUGUGGAGCUGGACUGCGGCAUGUGCAUCCGCAAAAGCAAGGGCUCCAGCGGCGCCCUGCUGCCGGAGAGCGGCUUGGAUGAGAAGUGAGGCUGCGUUGGGUGUUUUCCUUGUGGAAACUCCUUCCUGCUGGUCUAGAGCUACUGAAAUGAGAAUUUGAGUUUUGCCUUGUUGACCUGCACCGACGCUUGAUGGGGGAGCACCAGAAGCAGGAGGCAGGGCCCCUAAGGCAGAGCGCGGCAGCAGGCACUGAGCUGCUCCUGCACGCUGCCGGCAUCCCGCUGGCAGCAGCACACCCAAACCAGGCUCCUCGGGGAGGGUGUUCCUUAUUUUCUCAGGCUGCGAUCUGCAGGGCUGGUUUGCUGGUGGAGUCUGCCUGGUGUGGCUGAUCUGGAUCUUAUUGAACCCGGCCCUCACUGCUGGAGGCAAACUGCCCUGUGAGCCCGCUCCGGCAUCUGUCGCUUGCUCUGGUGUUAAUGGAGGGUUUUUUUUUGUACAAAGCUUAACGUGCACAGCGUAUACGUGAUCACCAAUAAAGUACUUUAACGAACCA